GAGGGAGGGAUAUUUAGAGAUGAAGAAAUGUUGGCAGUGUACUGGUGAAAACCAGAUGCUGCUGAGGAGAAGAACAUGCUGUGUUAGACCCAACAACCCUCCGUGUUCUCACUCGCUGUGCCCUCAUCUGUGCCUAGAUUCUGAGUUUUUCCACUUUAAUCUUCAACAUCUGUGAAGGUUGGGAAUACAGGCCACAGUUUUUCUUCUUCUUCCUCUUCGUUUUUUCCAGUCAGCAGCGGGCAGAAUGCAUCGAUAUCUGGGCGUAUGGGUGUUUCUGGGUUUGCUGUCCCCACUGGUUCUGGCUGUCGGAGCAGUGGAGUGCACGGAGAAAGAAAAACUACUGGAUUUAAAACCAAAACCAACCUCUAUGCAACGGCCAACAGACUGUUUAUUGGAGUGCACUUCGAUGACGUACACGAAAAAAUUGCAGCUUCAAGACAAACAUAACAUACGGAUUAAAGACUCCACGGAAGGAGUCAUUGGGGAAUACUGCUGGUCCACGGAGCUCAAGUGCACCGUUGGAGAGAGCUUUUCGAGUGCCUUUGUGGUGCUGCCCGUGGAUGUAGCCGCAGUGGGACCCGAGCAGCUGGCGGUCAGCGCCACUUCCCCCACCGCCUCCGUCCUGCAGGCGCACGGCCGCCCCACCACCAUCGCAGAGAGCUGCGGCCUGAUUUACGAGGUCACGCCACACUUCAGCGCGCCCGGCACCGACACGUCGUUCUGCGUCCAAGUAGGGACGCAAGAGGACGAGUGGGGGGACAGGGUUCUGAAAUGCCCCCCUUACCUGGUCACCUUCUGGCAGAGGAAUCCGAACCAGUCCAACCAGCACGUCGGCGGAUAAAACGUUUGUAUAGAGGUGCUGAGGCAGUAGCACUAAUGCAACUGUAAGGGGUCUUGCAUUUCAAUUAUGUAAAUGCCAUGCAAAUUACACAUCGAGGAAAAAAUUAUUUUAGCAUGCACACAGUUUUGAUGUAAACUGCUCGUUCGGUUUGUUGUCCGGUGGACUAAAGGUCGGUUCUGACAUCCUGAAACAAUCAGAGGGACAAAUCAAUGGACAAACUGACAAUAGGCAUGACUGAUUCUCUUCUGAUUCAUAUGUUGCAACUUUACACGUCCAAUAGCCUCAUAAAGUAUCUACUUUAGAUUAAAAAGUGGCCCGGUUCAUAAAACGCAGCAUUUUACUAGACUUUCCAAAAUGUAUUUAUGUGGUAUUUGAGGAUAUGUACAACAGACUGUCAAACAUUAGUCAAAGAUUCCUAAAUUUUGAAGUCCUCUAUAAUAGUUUUACUUGCUUUAAUGCUUUCAAAAUAUUCUAAAUCUCUGCAACCAUCUGAACGGAUUAGUUUAAGCUGUGUUCUUUUAAAAGCUCAAAAUCUACUCGCUUGAUCAGCUCAUUGGUUUAAAUCAGCGGAGUGCUUUCCACCCUUUGGGAAUAAUCGAAUAGCUCUUGGCCUGGAUGGGGAGGGGUUGCAGUGUUAAGGAAAGUCAGCCAGAGGAAUUUGUGGGGAAAAUGUUUCCACGAUAAAUCUAUUUUGUGCUUUCCAAUAACUUUUACAACCUUUUCUCACAGAAGCAUCUUAAUUUAAUCUUUAAAAAAUUAUAAUAUGCAUAACAAUAUUAAAUUCAUGAUAUAAUGAAAAUAUAAUACAUGCUAUGACACAAUAUAAAAUAGAAAACAGUACGUCAUCAACAGGGUUGCACAUUUAAAAAAGGAAAGCAGAAAAAAACUGAAUAUCAUGCUGUAAUAGACGGAUCCCACCAUCCUCCUCUCCUGGUUAAUAAAUCACAGUUAGUUUAAGCUGAGCGUAGCUUUGACUGUUGCAGCUGUUAAGAUUUGUAAAAGGGAAUCAUCUCCUUUCCUUUCAUAAAGGAUGUUUCUUUCUGAUAAAGAGACGAUAAACAAAGCAUUGAGGCUCCUUUCCGUAACGGUUAAAGAGCUCAGAUAGGUUUGAGUCAUUGCCGUUAUCUAAAAAACUAAUAAUAUCAGACCAUAGCAUACCAGUUCGAAUAAAAUAAAAAUGGACAGAAUAGAUUUUUUUAAAUUGUCAUUGCACAACAGGGUAUAGCAAAAGUGUGGGUGCUCCACAUGAGCUUGUGCACUGAGUAGAAAAAAUAAAGACUAAAAUUAUUUUAAAAUGUGCAAAUCUGCAUACAAGUAUACACGUGAAUAUAAACAUAUAUGCAUAGAUAUGAAUGUUUAUAUAUACACACUGAAGACACCUGGUCUGUCUAAGAUGUGUAUAACAGAGCAUCAAUUUGGUAAAUUGUCAGGUUGAAUGAUAUUGGUAUUUAUUGAGAAAGGAUCAUAGAAAAAUAAUGUAAUGUAAAGACACUGAUAAAUCUCAGUUUAUUCUCUCCUGCUCUUGUCCGUGCACAUAGACAUUUGAGUGUAACAUCUUAUUUUUAUUUGCCAUUUCUAUAGAAUUCUGUAUAAUCACCUCUAUAUUCGCUGUUUAAGAUUAAUAUCUACAUUUCUUUCUUUCUAUCUUUUUCUUUCUUUCUUUAUGGGUUCUCAGACUGAAUGUGAGGAAUUUUACUGAAUGGAUUAUGUUCUCGUGGUAUAGCUCUCUGGUUUAUGUGGACACCGUAGAACUAGAAUAAAUGAUAAUCUGUCCUCAGAUCCACUUUAUGUGAUGUUUUUCUUAUUUUAGUGCGCCAUCGCUUCACAUGCAAAUGAAUAAAGCUUUACCUUGCAACAAGAAAACAACAACAAGGCAUCUCUUCUGUUCUGCUGGGAUAAAUCCAAGGCCUAAAAAUGUCUCAGUUUAAUUAGAAUGUACUAAUGUGUCAUGAUGUUGAUUGUUCGUUGGAAUAUGAUAAACUGAAUGAUUACAUUUUUCCUCACAGGUGUAUUGACACAUUAAAGCUAUUUCACAUUAGCAAUUUCCCUGCCCUCUCCUGUAAUUCACUCUGAAACUGCAUUUGAGCUCAUGAGGCAAUAGAUUGCCACCUACUGGCUGUCAAAAAACUAUAAAAGUUACCCAAAUGGCUCCACUAGCUAACCACCUGAUGGCAGGCUUGCAGCUGUGCUGUUUGAGUGUUUCAAUGCAUAAAAUGUACUCCGCUCCUCUGAAAACCUGUGUGAGAUUAAAACUUGUAUGAAAAACA